CCCUGCCCAAGCCCCAGGACCUUGUCCUGCAGCCCAGCCCAGCCCAGGCCGAGCUUUCCUUCCGCGCGUUUCUCUUCCAUCCAAGUUUCUUCCUCUCCGCCUCCAUCCACUGCUCGGCGCUUGGUUUUCUCGCGACAAUCUCCCUUUUUCCCUUUCCUAUUCUUUGCUCGCCUCCUCUUUCGUUAGCACGCCGGGCGUUUGUUAAGCUUCCUCUGAUGAUGUCAAUCUAGGUGUAGAAUCUUUUCUCUCUUCACCGAACGUACUGUGCCGAUAUUCUUCUCUCCGACCGAGUUCCCCCAAUCACACAUAGCGCGUUGACAUUGUCUGUGGCCCCCGAACUGCACUCACCCGAACCGCAGCUCACCUUCAAAUACAAAUCCUGCCCUGGUGGCGGUUGAUACCUCGAUAUGGAGACAAGUAUGGAGUCCUCAUCUAUUCCCCUGGCGGAAUAUUUCUGGAUUGCUGGUGUUGAGUCCUUCUCAUAUGACGAUGCCAACUUUACAACUGCUGCUGCUGCUUCGCCAGUGGAAGCUACCAUCUCCGAGGAUGGCCAGCCAGUAAACGGCAACAAUGCCAAUGGAUCUCACAAAAAUACUGCUCGUCACUCGAGACAGAACUCUGCCAACCGACUCUCCAAGCUUUCCUUAGACAUGCGAUCUAUAUCAAGUGCUUUUGACGAAAUGGACGCUGGCACAAAAAGCAACAGAAGCAGCACCACCAUAAAGGCAGUCAAUGGCCAGACUAACGGUGCCUCUUCGUCAGCUGAGGAAGAAGUCAAAGUCCCUGAGCCGGGUACAAAGGAUUUUGACUUUGACAAGGCUCUCUACAAGUUCGCUUCCGAGAGAGAAUACUUCCUUGAAGACCUUUCGUUUAGUGCUGGAGCCAAGCUGCAGCAGAGACCUCCCAUGGUCAACGCUCGAGCAGAGCGCAUCAAAGCCGAUGAAGGUGUCCCCAGUGGCCGUUUAAGCCCGCUUAGAAGCAUCACGGGAAGUCUUCGUCGAAAGAUUAGCUUCCGGGACAGUGGCAGCAUCCGCAAAGCUCCAACUAGGCCGGCAGGCCCGCCCAAGGCUGCCUCUUUCCGAGCCGCAAAGCGACUUAGCAACUAUAACUCUGUCAUUCCGCCCCCUGAGCCACUCAAUGCCGAUCCGCAUAUGCACCCACUGAAGCGUCACUUCGAGCCGGUUCUCCUCGAUCGUUACCCGCCCAAGAAUGCCGCUGUUGAAAACGAGCGACGUGGAACCUUCCCCGACUAUGUUCCCAUGUUUGCCUUUCCAAAUGAUAUUCAAAUAGUUUCUUCAGAUGACCGGCCCCGAUCGACAUGGCACGGCUUUACAAUGACUGGCCAGGACAAUACGAAAUUAUACGGAAUCACCCUCAUUGUUUGGUCUGCACUACCUUCAGACGUAGCAGACGAGGUAGAGCAACGCUGUGAAGAUUGGCGCCAGGGACACAUGUCGAACGAGGAAAGAGAAUUGGCUGCAAGCUUGGGCGUUCGUCUCGCUGGCGAGAGAACACAUCUGUCACAGCUGUUGGCAAAGCUGCCUACCAUUCCCACCGGACUUCCGGCCCGUGAUGAGCUUGAAGAUGAAAUUGGUGCAGUGGAGGAGAAGAUUACAAUGAUGACUGACAUGUUGCGACCAUUGCGACAUGGUGCAGCGUCCAAGAUCGAGGGCCUCACGAGCGGUGAUAGCGGCCUCUGGUCUCCACGAGCUUACGGUAUUAUUGGCAAGGAUCUAGCCAACAUGGCUUUCUGGAAGGAGUGGCUCAAGGCAGUUAUUGUACCCAUGACUGACGGCGCUGUGCUCAGAGUAGCCCCCAGCUCGCCGAGAGUGGGCAGAUGGCAACCUCUAGAGCGCUACGUCGUUAACUUGUGUUCUGAAGCCUUUAGCCCUCUAGGCUCCAAGACCCAGGUCGAGCUCGGUGUUCGCGAACUGCGAAUGUACGCCAGAAAGGAAGCUGCCAACGAGCUUCCAGGAUCCCGAACAAUCGACCUAUACGCUCUCUUCCGUUGUCUGUCACUGGAGAACAUUGUGGCAUUGUAUGAGUAUGCCAUGUCAGAAUCUCGCAUCAUCUUUCUGUCAUCGCAUACCAGCAUGCUGCACCUUGCUUGUCAUGCUCUCGCAAAUCUGCUCUAUCCCCUUAAAUGGGCCAGCAUUUUUAUUCCAGUUUUGCCAGCACGUCUCAUUUCCGCCUUGGAGGCGCCUUGUCCAUACAUUGUUGGCAUUGAGCGACGAUACGACAACAUUGAACUCCCAGACGACGACUAUGUACUUGUUGACUUGGACAAGGAUACAAUUGAUGCAACUGCCCAGCCUCACAGACUACCAAGACAGCAGCGCCGCAAGCUUAUGUCCUUGUUACAGGUCGCUGCACCGCACCGGCUUCGAUUUGGUGUUGCUGAGGGUCCUCCACCAUACGCAAUCGAAUCAUUCCCCUAUGAUGCCUUCUCUUCUGAGAAUGGGGCCAAUUUCGAUCCUGUCACUAUGCCCAGCACCCUAGGGAAGUGGGUUUCUCAAAACUCGGCCAGCUUUGGUGAACCUAGCUUGCCUUCUGAGAUCCGGGCGCCAGUCUUCAACGCAUUUGUCACUGCGGCUGUUGAUAACGGCAAGUCUGACCGACCUGGAACUAGUAGAUCCGGUCGAACCAGUCCCCGAUCAUCAGUCUCCCCAGUCUCUACCAACUUUCCGCCGAUGCCACUUACACCAACAACCCCAACGACGCCAAUAUCGAGAAGCGACUCCGGCUUUGCGCUGACAGCUACGUUGCGUGAGAAGCGCUCUGGUCAUUUUGGAGGGGAAGAAAAGGGCCGCCGCAGCUCGUCGUUUGGCCUGGAUAAGUUCCAGUCAUCACGAUCAAACCUGCCAAUCAUCAGCGGUCAUCAGCCCAAUCUUUCUAUAUCGGGCAUGUCCAUGGAUUCUCAGUCCUCGUUUGGCGUUGGCUAUGCGCCAUCUACGUACGCGCAGUCUACUCUUGCGGCAUCGACCAUUAUGCCCAGCAUGCAAAUUCAACCCGUCCACAACACCGAGACAACUGUGUGGGUAGAAGGCCACUGCUUCAACCUUAACAGGCACGACGUCCUGUCGACAUGCUCGAUUUGCGAUGAAAAGGCUGACAACGACGGCAUGUAUGACUGCACCGCCUGCCAUACAGCAGCACACGGCCGAUGCCUGGGCUUUGUUUCCCUAGUUUGCCCAGAGGCUUUCCAUGCAGAUCGCGUCAGGGCUGCCUUUGUCAGAUGCCAGGCUAGCCUCCUGUAUACAUACCGCAAACACCUGGGCCGACCUGUAAAAACGCAAAAGAACAACAACAAGCUGUACGGCUUCGAUAUGGACGGGUUCAUUAAGAAUCUUCCCCAUGAUCAACAAGAAUAUGGCAUGAUGAUGCGAGAUACACAACUAUUUAACGAAUUCAUCCACGACCGAGAACUGAAGCCUGUCGGCGACCCAGCUAUCCGCCUCUUUGACGAAAUUAUUCUGGCCAAGAAGGCUCGCGGGCGUCCUGGCCUGGGAUCUAGCCUGUCGCGACUGUCCUCGAUUCGAGUCUCCCACGGUGCCACUGCCAAUGUCUUUGGCCUCGCCCCUCCAGGCCGCAUCUCCUCGAAGUCAUCGGCAUAUCUCAGCGACACGUCGGACCAUAUCUGGCGAACUGCCUCGGUUCCUCUCCCCAAGGGAAACUUCCCGGGCGAGUACCGUUCUGUGGUGACUCGAAUUCCUUCCAUCCUGGAUAAGUCUUUGAUGCGUGAGCCUCGGGCCAUUCAGGGUGUCCCGCGCAUGGAGCAACGAGGAGCUAGAAGCCUCGUGCGAAAGCAAGUUGCCAGCAUGCUCGGGACCACACCUUCAUAAAUCACAACGACUACUACUCUGGUCGCGUGAUGCAUUGGCACGAAUAGCAGACUCAGCAUACACUUAACCUCAACAGCGGCACAUUGCACUUUUCAUUUAUCACACGGAGUUUGGUCAUGAAUUUUUAUUACAUAUCUGGGAAUCAGUACACGAUAAAUGGGCAAAUAGAAUUGUCAUUAGGAUCAAAAGAAUGUAUGUAGACAUGGUGUUCGCGUCACAAACUUGUAUAUCAAUAUCACAAAACAAGACAUUAGCAACAACUCUCAACACAGGUUUGAUGGUGAACAUGGCACUCUAAAAGUUAGAAAACAGAAUAUUUGGUAUGCUGGUACAAUGCUAGUAAUCUCAAAGUAGAGGUAGUCGUUUCGUCAUCAAAUGCAAUACCAGUGCUAUGUAAAUGCGAGACCAGAAACUCAAAACACAUAAACAAUACCGCAACGCCGUCCUCAAACAAGCCUCCAAGGCGCAUACAGUACAAAUGCAAUACCAUCCAGCUCCUUAUCUGCCUCGUCGUGUCACUGGCGGCUUCAAGUCGUCCCAAUUCAAAUCCCGAAGAAUCUUGGGGGCCAUGCGCAAGUAACUUAAAUGGCCAUGAUCAAGUCUCGGGACCCGGUAGUUUUCAACACCGUUGGCGCCUUGGACAUCUUGAAGACCAGCAACACCAUAGUGAAUAUUUGAUGUUCGGUACAAAAACCCCAGAAUAUAAUCCUGUUCAGAGUAAACGUUGACGAGUCGGCCAGCGACAACACUUUUAAGCGUCAGCCAGACCUUACUCUCAGACGGUGCCGGUGUGCCCAUUAGCACAACCGAGUCAAUGGCGCCAAACUGCCGGCGUUCCGCCAAGAUCAUGAGGCACGCAUAAAUCGCCCGUGCUGCUAGGCUGUAUCCAAUGAGAGAAACUGGUCGAUCCCCUUGAACUUUGUGCCGUAUAAUAGCAUCAGCAAGCACAGAGCCUGCCUUCUCUGCUCGCACCAUACCGACGCUCCAAGGAUUGUCGACAAUCUUGCUAAUCUUGAGGAGCCCAACUGGCCAGCGGGAAUGGAUUAGACUAUUGAAUACU